UUUUGUCUGGCUCGGACGACGACGAUCUUGCUCUGCGCCUGCUGGAAAACGCCGAGGAGGAAUCGCACGAUUCUGUGAAGCUUGAUAUUUCGAUCUCGGGUUGCUUCUGUUGAACUAGAUGGAUCUGGAAACUGAAAAUCGAAUAGCUUCGAUUCUAUUAAGAGAAGCAGCAGAAUUGAGGAGGCAAGCUGAAAAAGAAGGAAUCCGAGCAUAUCUUGAGAAGCCUAAUGUAAGACAUCGACCUAACUCAAGAUUUCUCACGGCUACAGUUCUUGGUAUUCAGCAAGCAAACAAAGCUGUAGAAACCAAUGAAAUGUGGAGUCUUCGGAGUGAAGAGAGGCUCAAAAGAAAAUCAAGAGAAGAGAGCAGUAGUGGCCAAAGUGAGCAGAACAAGAGGAGGAGUUUUGUUCAGAGAUGCAAUUCAGUUGAUAAAAAUGUUGCUACUCCUUCAUCAUCAUCAUCAAGCCGGAGCAGAAACAAAGGAUGGCAAUCGGAAGAAGAUGAUGAAGGCUUAGGAGAUGUCGAGAUUGCAAAUUUUCUCCAAUCAAGGGUCAAGCGUGGCAGAGGCUCUGUUGGUCCUAGGAUGGAUGAAACAGUCCCUUGUCUUCCUGUGAAGGAACCGUCAAGAACUUCUGAUACAGGAGAUCGCAAGUUAGUGCUUCAGUCAGAGAGAUCCCGUUUGAGACAUGAGACGGAUUCUUCUUCGUCUUCCGAGGAGGUUGUUCAUGGGCGUACUCGUAGAAAAAGAAAGGAGCAUAAGAAGAAACUUUGUAAAAAACACAAGUCAAAAGAAAAGAGCAGGGAUAGGGAGAAGAGAAAACAUUGUAGGGACUAGAGCUUGCAUGUAAGCACAUCAAGAACAGGGAUAGGAGAAGAGAAAACAUAGUAGGGACUACAAGAUCAUAGACUCUCCGAUCUCCCCGAUCCUUUGGAAGACGCUUUUCUCGUAGACUCUCUAAUCUCCAUCCUUUCGAAGGCGCUUUUCUUAUUAUUAUGUACAUAACGUAGACAAAGAAAACACUUUGAAAUGCUCAAGAGGAGUAGAUUGUAUAACAUCUCGAAAGGUGUAUUUCCUUGUAACACGGAUAACACAGUUCGAUUUAUGAGGUAAC